GCGAAUCACAGUCACUCGAGAAAAAAGUGACUUGUGGUGUCCGUGUUCGCUAUGUGCUCCGUACAAUUUUUGUAAGAAAACCAUGAAAUAUAUCUAUAAAACCACGUAAAAAGUACAUUAGUAGCCAGGAUAUUAUUGCAGACACAUUAAGCUUUCUCAAGAGCCAAAAAACACUUCCUGGACAAUCAAAAUUCACCAAAAUCUGGAAGAAUAGGAAAAACUUCCCCGAAAGCAAUCUCCCUCGCUGCCAAAUGUCAAAAUUAUCGGCCAUAUUGGCAAAAAUUUCGCUCCCGCUUGGAAUUUUGCUACAAGGAUAUUAUUGCAGACACAUUAAGCUUUCUCAAGAGCCAAAAAAACACUUCCUGGACAAUCAAAAUUCACCAAAAUCUGGAAGAAUAGGAAAAACUUCCCCGAAAGCAAUCUCCCUCGCUGCCAAAUGUCAAAAUUAUCGGCCAUAUUGGCAAAAAUUUCGCUCCCGCUUGGAAUUUUCCUACAAGAAUAAAUAUGCAAGUGUAGAGAGAAGAAUGGAUUUUGAUUUUGAUGAUUUGUGCGUGGAUCAGCCACAUUUUCUCGACUACACGGCCGAGGAAACAACCACCACAUCAUCCAGCAAUUCGGCCGACAAGAAUGGGGCAUUUGUGUACACGGGCACGAGGCGCAAGAAGACAUUGUCAGGGGGUGGGGGCGAAAGGGAGCACCACAGUUUGGGACGUGAGCCCAUGAGUCGCGUGACGGAAUUUGAUGAUUUGAAGUACGAAAGGAAGCAUUCGCUGGAUCGUGAGAGGGGAAGGAAGGUGAUGGUGUCUUCGUUUCUCGAUCAACGAGAAUCACCGUCGACAUCGUCACAUGUUUGCGGAACUUGGCCGGCUGAUCGUCCUUCUGAUCUUCAUCCGGUUCUCAGUGCAACUUCACAGCCGCCAGGGGGCAUUUGUGAGUUGGGGCCAAAGGUAGAAUGUGUUUAUUCUCUGCUGUCUAUGCUUGGAUCACAUGAUGCUGUGGAAAUGUCAUCGAAAUUCCUUGAAUUGUCCAGAACUCCAGAGACAUGUGCCACUUUGCGACGUUCUGGUUGUAUUCCACUUCUGGUUCAGAUGAUCCAUUCGGACUCUGACGAAGUAGCUCGGAAGAAUGCCAGUAUAGCUCUACACAAUGUGGUUCUAUGUCAUCCGGAUGACAAAGCAGGAAGGCGAGAAGUGAAAGUAUUGCGACUUAUUGAACAUGUGAUGGAAUAUUGCAAUUUCCUCAAGACACUGAAACAGUCAGGAGAAGCAGUGGCCGAUGACACGGAAAGGCACCCUAGUCAAGCAAUUAGUAGUCUCAUGAAAAUCAGUUUCGAUGAGGAACAUCGGCAUGCAAUGUGUCAAUUGGGUGCAUUGCAGACCAUUGCCAAUCUCGUGCACCUCGAUCAUGCGGCUCAUGGGGCCAAAUCGACUGAUCCCAGGUGCAUCUCACUCAGACGCUACGCUGGCAUGGCUCUCACUAAUUUAACAUUUGGAGAUGGCAAUAACAAAGCUUUGCUGUGUUCCAAUAAAGACUUCAUGAGGGCCCUGGUAGCACAAUUGGACUCCAGUGCAGAUGAUUUACUCCAGGUAACAGCUAGUGUCUUGAGAAAUCUUUCCUGGCGAGCUGAUUCCAAUAUGAUUUCCGUUCUCAAUGAGAUCGGAACAGUCACGGCACUAACUCAAGCUGCCAUGAGGAAUAAGAUGGAGAAUACGUUAAAGGCAAUUCUUUCAGCCCUGUGGAAUCUUUCGGCGCAUUGUAGUGCUAAUAAAGCUGAAUUUUGUGCUGUGGAUGGGGCUUUGGCCUUUCUCGUGGACAUGCUGACAUUUGAGGCACCAAGCAAAACACUGACAAUUGUGGAAAAUGCUGGUGGAAUUCUACGGAAUGUCUCCAGUCACAUUGCUGUACGGGAGGAUUAUCGGAAAAUUCUGAGGCAGAGAGAUUGCUUGGGGAUAUUGUUGCAGCAGUUGAAAUCUGAGAGUUUGACUGUUGUUAGCAAUGCCUGUGGGACACUUUGGAAUUUAUCGGCAAGAUGCCAGGAGGAUCAGAAGUAUUUGUGGGAUAAUCGUGCAGUUCCAAUGCUCAGAAGUUUAAUUCACAGCAAACACAAGAUGAUCUCCAAUGGUAGUAAUGCUGCAUUGAAGAAUCUUCUGAAUUUCCGACCGGGUGUAGUUAAUCAAAUUGGUGUGGAUUCCAUCACCAAAUCGAUGAAUCUGAAGGAAUUGCCAACGUUGAAUGUGCGCAAACAGAGAGCCCUUGAGCAGGAAUUGGAUCAAAAUUUGGAGGAGACAUGUGAAAAUUUGGAUGUGACAACACCGCCAAAAGAGGAAAAAACUGUGCAGGAUUUUGCGAAUUUGGAAUUGAUUCAUCCAUCUUUGAGGAUUUCUAGUAGGAAUGACGUCAAGGAAGGUGGAUCAAUACCACCAAUUCCCAAAAGGACAUCACUUCCUGAUGGAUCCAAGAAGCCCAUUCCGGCUGCGAGAAAACCCGAACCAACACCGCGAAGGCAUGUGGUGCAGCAGCAACAGAAAGAAUCUGAAGAAGCUUCGGCAUCUUUUGGGGAUUACCAAGAGACUGAUUUGGAUCAAAUAACGGAUUAUUCAUUGAGAUAUGCGGAAAAUCAGUCGGAUGCUGAAGAGAAGAAUCCUUCGUCUGUUGCUGGAUCCUAUGGGAAUGAGAUUAUUCUGAUUUUGGAGGAUUCGGUGAAGUGUUAUCAAACUGAGGGGACACCUUAUGCCAUUUCCAAUGCUGCUUCAAUGAGUGACUUGAGGAGAAAUCCCAAAGAUGAUGUGCCAACGAAAAGUGCCACAGUUUUCAGCUCAGGCAUUCAUACACCGGAAAAACCAGUGAAUUAUUGUGAAGAAGGAACUCCAGGGUGUUUCAGCAGGGAAUUCAGUCAUCAUGGUUCUCUGAGUAGUUUGGAAGAGGGAAAUUCACCACCAGUUAAUCAGAGAGUCUCAUCGUCUUCUCAGGCUGAGAAAUGCCAUGAAAGUGAUAAUAAAGCUAAAGUUCAGGACAAUCCGGAAAUAUCUGGUACACCGCCGCCAAUUGUGACGACAGAAAGUGGAACAAAUAGUGCUGGAGGUGGAAGUGGAAAUACCCCCAAAGCUGUUACAUUUGUCGACUAUGCACAGGAGACACCGUUGAUGUUUUCUCGUACGAGCUCCAUUGACUCACUGGAGAGUGCUGAGCCAAAUUGUGCUGACGAUCGGAGUUCUGUUGUGAGUGAAUUCAGUCGACUGGCCAGCGGCAUUAUUUCUCCAUCAGAAUUACCAGAUUCGCCAACACAAAGUAUUCCUCAGUCACCAAGGCGCCCUCAGGAUGUCUCUGGGUCUUUGGCUCAGAAUGUCUCCACAGCUCCAAGGCUGAGGAGUGUCUUUGAGGAUGAGACGAAUGCAUUUGGUGUUGAGAAUACUCCAGCGCAGUUUUCAUGUGCCACAAGUCUCAGUAAUUUGAGUUUGGACGAUGAACCCAAGAUUGCCACGGAUUGUCUAACGAAGGAGAUGCGUCUUAAUCAUCCGAGUGAGGAGCAAGAGGAUGAAGAGAGUGCUGAUCAGAGUGCGGGAAAUCUUGUGGUGGGAAAUCCAAAUAAUUCUGCAGCUAGCUUCCGGGGGGAGGAAAAUAUUGGGUCAGAUGGGGAAGAGUCGGGAAAUGAUGAGAUUCUUCUGGCCUCGUGCAUUAACAUGGGCAUGAACAGGAAGGCACCUGAAGGUGAGACCUCGGCCAAGAGCAAGGUGACUCCACCUGAAGCUCGUGCAGGUGGAAAUUCAGACACAGUGAAGCAAUAUUGCACAGAAGAUACUCCGGCAUUUCUCUCAAAAGCCGCAAGUAAUUCGGAUCUCAGUGUUUUAUCUUUGGAUACAAAUCGCUGUGAAGCAAUUGCAUCAGACAGUUCUUCAGAUGGUGGCAAUGAGAAUUUGCUGCAGGAGUGCAUUAGGGAUGGAAUGGGAGCUUCAAAUAUGCCAUUGAUCAAGGACAAUCCCAUUGAGAUGCUGCGCAGUGGAUCAAUUCUUCCGCCUUAUCUACCAGUUAGGGAUGAGAUUCAGCAAUUUGCACCACCAGUUGAAGAUACCCCCUGCAAUUUCAGCGUAGUCUCUGGACUCUCGGACAUCACAGUUGGUUCAGGAGUUGCUGGAUUGGCCAAAAUCAAGAGGUCACCAUCAAAGGAUCAAACUGUGAGUCAAAGUUCACAGAAUCCUCCGCCACAGCAACCAUCUGGCGAUGAUUCACUGAGUUCUUUGUCUGUGGAUUCUGAAGAUGACACCAACCUGCUGAGUCAAGCAAUUGCAGCUGGAAGUAAUCCUUCGCGCCCUUCCACGUCGUCCAAAGGUGGAGUCCCUACUACUACAUACACAGUGCAAACAGCUCUCAUUAGCAACAAUGUCCCCAUACAUCUGGAAGCCACGAAUGACUCGUACAGCUCAAUAGAAUCUUGUGAGUCCAAUGAUAAUCACACACAGCUCCUGGAACAGUGCAUUCGAACUGGAAUGGGUCAGGAUGUUAAUAAGAAUCCAAAGAAAGUGGUGACCAAUGUUGCUGUGUCUCCGAAGAAAUCUCAAUUGCCCCAACUUAAGACAUCAUCAACGAGGUAUGAUCGACACAAGGAGCGCGAGAAGAAGGAUGAGCAACUGCUGAAGGAGUGCAUUAGCAUUGGAAUGGGAAAGGCACCACUGCCGAUGGUGCGUCAAGUCAAGCAGACUACUAAUGAGGGACAAAUGCCAAAAAACGGGGUGACUACGUCUGCAGCUGUGCCGGAUUUAGUAGGUGCCCCCAGCACAGCUCCAGACGUAGAGACGGAAUCCCCAGACGCCACAAGAGGCUCAAGAAGAAAUCUACCCACACAACAUGCUCCAAAGCAUACCAAAUUGACGGUGAAUCGCACAAAUGGGUCUGACACAGAUGAUGGGGUGUUUAAUUUUGGGGGUGAUCAAGAGAAUGCCCUUGAACGAUCCAAUGAAUAUCCAGCUCAAAAGUUAAUCAAUAUGGACUUUAUUGAAGAUUCAAUGAAUGAAUCGUCAUUUGACAUGGAGAUUUCUAAUGAAUUUCUCAUGGAAAAUAUUGAGGCAUCAAUGGGAUAUGGUCCGAAGAUUGAUAAGCAUAAGGAUCCGGAUCUUAUGCUAAAAUCUGUCGAUAGACUAACGCAAGUCUUGGUGUCUCAAGCUGAAUAUUUAAGAUCGUCGAAUCAUGCUGAAAAUUCUGUGACAUAUGAAAAGAAAUCCAGUUCUAAUAAUACUUGGAGUGAAGAUACGUGUCCCAAAGACGUUUCCUUUCCCAGCAUAAGUAUGACAGCACCAAUGAUUGGAUCCUUGAAUGAUGAUGACACGACUUUUAGUGAUUUUUCAAAGAAGAAUUGUCUUCCGACUGAAGAAGAACCCACACCGACGAAUGAAGUGAAAGAGUUCAAUGAAACGUGUCCAUUCUCUUCAGCACCUCUGUCAAAUGGCUGCGAAGAAAUCCGUAUGGUUCUCACUAAUGCUGAUCUUGAACAAACUCUGCGAUUUGACUAUGGUGAAAGUGAAGGUUUCAUUUCACAGCCAGAUUCCAUGGAUACUGAUACUGAUACUGUUGUCAAUUCCCUAGAAACUGGAAUAAAUUUCCAAGUUGGCGGUGAAGUUGUUUCAGGAGUUAAUCAUGAUUCAGCACAUUUCAUCUCUUCAGGACCAAUGAGUUUUGACCCAUCCAGUUCAAUGACAAAUUCAACAAUCAUUGCAAUGGAAGCCAAAAAGAUUGUUAAUGAAUUGUCCCAGUACAAUCCCAUGACAGAAAGUGCUACGAGUUUUGAUCUGGAAAAUGUUAGACCACCAUCUGGUAUGGAUAGUUUGAGUGCAAUUUCGGGAUGCUAUGAAACGCCACAGAGUCCCAAUUUGUCUGGCAGAGUGAGAAAACGUUCUCUACCACCGGGAUUACUAGCUAGGAGAGCUCUUGGUGGGCAUAUCAUGACAAAUGGCAGUUUAGAGAGUAUAAAUUCAGCUUGCAAUUUAGAUAGUGUAGCACCACCAUCAGGUAUGGAUGAAUUAUUGGAUUCCAUGAUAUCAGUUGCGAGUAUUACAUCAGAAGUUGCACCAAUUCAAACAGAUGGUACGUAUUCCAACUACGAAACAGCUGUGAGUGAGAUGGAUGACACAAUAACGGGAGGUAGUGCAUGGCAGGAGAUGUCCAGUGAUGCUACGCCAAUUCCAUCGGAUUUCAGUAGUGCAGAAUCAACACCGAGAAAAGGUAAGAAUGGUAGGAAGCUGUUGACGCCGAAACAGAGGCGAAAACAGCGAAAUGGCACACAAGAUCGCUAUCGAACUUAUGUGAUUUCGGCUGAUGGUCAGUCAAGAGAUAAUGCGACUGAUGCAGAAUCCAUUGAGGAUGAUCUGUGUGAUGAGAUCCUCGUAGUGGAGGCUGAGGAUAGUGGUGGUGGUGGAAGCAAGAGGUUGCUGAGGAAGCAAAGACGCGAAGAAGAUCGGUCACGCUUCAAGACUCACACUCUUGACUCACCCACAAUUCCUCAGCUGAUGCAAACCAAUGGAGGUCUGUGUGACUCCACAAUUAGGGAUGUAUUGGCCGAGGCCAAUGUUGUGCUAGACACGUUGAAUAGGCAAAAUAUUGACAGUGAGGAGUUUCUCCUUGAUGACAAUAUCGACACAACGAGUUUGGUGUCAAAUGACGAUGGUGAGGAUUUGUCCUCCAUUCGAGCGCUUACAGCGCAUUUCAAGCAUCUUAGUGAUCUUAAAGUACCAGAGAGUCAGCAUAAUACUGAUAGUAGUCUGGAUUAUGAACAAAAUUCUGGCACUGAAUCGUGCGAUCAUAAUGCAAAAUGCACCAUCAAUGGUAGAGGAUCAAGUGUUGAUCGAAGGGAAGAUAAUGCCGUAGGGCAAGAAGUUAAGAGUGUUCGUGGGAGAAAGAAAGUUCCUUAUGUUUCACCGUAUCGACGCUCAUUUGUGUCCUCUUCAAAAUCAUCCUCACAAUCGGCUUCACCGACAAAAAGUGUUUCCCCAGCAUCGGGGAAGGCUCAAGUAGUUCCAAAUGUUAGAACCAAUCUAGCUUCAAAAAAUACAGUGGAUACCAAGAAGGCUAAGACACUUCCAAGCACAAGAAGUACACCAAAAGAUCAAAGUCUGGUUGCUAAGACGUCCAGUUUCAUCAAUAAAGCCAAUCUUACCAAUAAAAUCAAUUCAAUCAAAUCAGGUCUGGUUCGACCGGGAUUUAGUAGCAAAUCAAAUGUUCUGGAAAAGAACAUUAUCAACAAAUUCAAGUCUUCCACAUCGGCAAAAGCAACAUCACCACCCCCAUCUAAGGAACCUCCAAGGGUACUCGAACGUCAGAGUACGUUCACCAAAGAUGAACCAUCCAAUCCAAAUGUGCCCAUUGUCACAUCCGAUCCACAAUCACAGAAUAGAAUUUCCAAGCUUCCAGCCAAGAUUACCCCAAAAGUCAAAACUAGCUUUAUCUCCAAAUUGAGAACGCCACUGCAAAAGAGUGCUACUGUGGAUAUCAAAAGUCCGUCAAGUAGACCACCGUCAUCGGGAUCCGAAGCGGUCAAAAGGAAGAGUUUUGGUGUAUACAAGUCACCCAGUGUUCCGAGUGUUCCACUCGGACAGCGUUCAAGUAGCACCAAUUCCAUCAAGGGGAUAAAAAAGGAACUAUCCUCGACGUCACAAUCAUCGAGGAGCAAUUCAAAUGUUGCUACAGUUCCAAAGAGAGACAUCGGAAGCAGAAUAGCUGGUCUCUGGAAGAAAAAUAAUACUGAUCAGACUCGAGCUAAGCCCCAAACAUCGCGUAUUGGAGUUGUUAAGAGUCCAUCGAAUAGUGCAAUAGGAGUUUCUUCUGAUACCAUCAGUCAAGCUGCUGAUGGAGUUGUGAGGCGGACAAAGAAGACUGUCACAAACAGCGAAGAUGACACCAAGAGAAUUUCUCGUCUUGGUAGUUUUAUCAAUGUCGAUGGAGAUUGCCAGGUGGCGGGUUAAGUAUUCCCUGAUAUAUAGUCAACAGAAUAUGAGGGUUAUUCUUAAGAAUAAUAAGCAGCGGAGGUUGUAUAGAUAUAUUUAAGGUAUUUUUCUCUUCCUCGAAUUUUUGGGCACAACAAAAAAAAAUACCAUGAGCGAUAUUGUCAAGCUAUAUAUAUAUGUAUGUAUUUUUAAUGAUUUCAAUGUAAUUUUGUGUUUCUAGUGGAUUAGUAGCAAGUGUUAUUUGUAUAAAUUUUUCCUCAAAUUUUAAUAGUUGUAACAUUUUUGAGUGUUUCAGUCGAAAGUUUUUUUUUGGUUCUGCAAUUUUUUUUCACAGUGGGAUAUUUUUUUUUGCUCAAGGAUCAUGCUUCUUCUUCCCUUUAAUAAAGUGCUGAAAAAUUUUCGAUGUAAAUUAAGAAAAUUUUUCAAGUACAUGAUCUCAGAAUGGAAGAUGAAACAACAUCUUUGGAAAAUUUCUCACUGCUAUCUGCUGAGCUAUAAUCAAACAUUCCACUGAAACACUCUUUUUCAGAAUAUCAACAACAAAAUUAUUGAGAAAGUAGCAAGUGCUAGUAGUAAUAAAAAUCUUAGCUAGGAUUAAAAUGAUGAUAAGAAAAAAAUGUAUUUACUUCUAUAGAAAUAUAGGCUAAGAUUAAAUUGUACCAAUUUGAAAAA